AUGACCGAUCCCGCUCACCAGACCCUGGCCAUGGCCCGCGACACCUCUAGUAUUGACGAUCUUCCUGUCGAAACUCUCACUCAUGUCCUACUACACUUACGAGACGUCGACCCGCCUCAGGCGGCGCGAGAAGCAUCGACCAAAGGCCCCGCGUUAGAGAGGAAACUCGGCUGGGUCAAUGCCACUCACGUCUCGAGGUACUGGCGAGAUACCACCCUAUCGAAUCCGUUGUUUUGGACUCGAGUUCCUUUCAACAUUGGUCAAGAUUGGGCGAGCACCUUCGUACAACGUUGCCUCUCUCUGCCCCUUGACAUCUCCUUGGAUCUUGAUAGCUAUGGGCUUGCCACGUGGAUAGAAGCGCUCUUGGUGGACAAUUUUCACCGCACGCGCACUCUCAAAGUCGGGUUCUGGAACGGCUCGCGUCGCAUAGAGGAUCCCAUCUACGCCCUGCUCGAGCGGCCCUCCACGAUCCUUGAGACCCUUAGUCUCGAUAGAACAUGGCGUCAGAUUGAGCCUCCUCGACUGCGAUCGGCCCAGUACCCGCAACUUCGCUCGCUUAAUCUCAUCCUCGAUACCCUGUACGCAGAGGACUUCCCCUGGCGUGACCUGGGGACCCCUAAGAUUACAGAUCUUUCGAUCAAAGUCGGGAAACCGACUCAUAUCACUCGUAUCCUCCCCGACAUCAUGUCUUGUUUACAAGGACUACAAGCGUUGAUAUCAUUAAAGUUGGAUUUUGCCGGUCCGAGAUACGGCCAUCCCGCUAUUCCUGAACUCGUUGACGACGGGACCGAUCACAGUCUUGUCCCGUCCGUUUUCUUGCCAGUACUUGAAAAUUUCACUCUGAGAGCUGACGCGGGAGCGGCCGUCAUCAUGCUGCAACAUAUCUCAUCUCCGACUACGACACUCCUGACGCUCUUUUCGCACGGUCCUCUCAAAAGGGAACCUUUCGCAUCACUUCUGCGACCAGUAAUAUCCGCUCAGUCGGAGCGCAAUCCCUUCAGACACCUCAGUUUCUACGAUAAUGACGACGAAGAUCAUACCAUGCACAUCGCUGCUGCGUCCUCGACACCCAAGUUGCCUCUUUCUCACCGCAAUGCUGGACAGAAUACUCGGUUGUAUCUAGAUUUCAGUGAAACGGUAGACUUCUUCCCGGACAUUCUUUCAGUACUCGGAUCGGAGAUGAUGUAUCAUGUUGAGAUCCAUUGCACACUUGAGCGUUCGCUGACGAGCGAUACUCUACUUCCCUGCAUCCCGGUGCAGUUUCGGAACGUCACUUGUCUUUCUUUCGCGAUGCCCAAAGGACAAAGCAAUCCCAGAAUCACUCCAAAUGGAAUCAUUGUCGCGACGAUGCGCAGAUCGCUUCUGCCCACAGCAGACGCAUCCUACCCUCCCUUCCCGAAACUCGCUGCGUUGGAUCUCUCUUUCGCUGGACCAGGAGUACUCAUGGCGCGCUGCAUGCAUCCAGAAGACGCGAAGCCGAAGAGACUGACCAUGCCGCCAACGUUUGCGCAGGCUAUCGCAGACAUCAUGACGGCGAGGCGGGAUGCUGGCUUCCGCGUGCCCCAGGUUUAUGUCCCCGAAUGGACAAAGAGAGGAACAACUUUCGAAGAGACUGUGUACGAAGUCAUUUGCUCCAUACCUGAGGUGGUGUUUAUGCCCAAUGGAGCGCACAUCGUGGUUGACGAAACGUCGGGCGAGGUCAGGAUGGAGUAG